GCAGCUGUUUCUCUACCACAAAACAGUUGUGCUGAACAUGGGUUGCUCAUUAUUGUAACAUUUUAUUGGCAAUAUUUACCUAAAAUGAACCGCUAGAUUCUUAAAGUUGAGCUUAAUUAUUUUAUUUAAGAGUUUAUUAUGCUUUUUAUCGUAUUUCAAUCGCUAUAAAACCUGAAUGCAGACGAAAAAAAGCAGCAGCCCAAUACUGCCACACCAGUGAUUAGUAAAAAGUAUUAAAAAAGUAAGUGAGACGUCACAGUAAUCCGAUAUCAAACAGUACUCGGCUAGGUAAAAUUGUGGUUUCGUUUGUUAACAACACGUAUUAUCAUCUACAAUCGAAGGCUUUUCUGGUGGUGACUAAUUAGCCAAAAAGCCUCGGACAGCUACCGAUAGCGCGAUAGAGUAGAAUAGCCGGCAGUAGUAGGCCAUGGGGCAGCAAGUGUCCAGCCAGAAAAUCGUCUGCAACGAUGCGGUCGAUUCGCUCCAGUUCGAGAUCAAAAAGCAGGCGCAGAUUUUCUCCGAAAUCGGCAGCCUCACCUACGAGGACUUCCAGAAGUGUUUGGCCGAUUUGAACAGUUUGGCCCGCAAAUGCUUGGAUCCCAACGGCAAGCAGCUAGUGUUCGCGGUCAAGAAAGGCACCGACAGCAGCGUCCUGUGGAAGGGCACGGUGCGAAUCGCCUGCGUCAAAGUCGAUCCCUCCAACAAGAAGGUCGAAGCGUACAAACUACUUAAUCUGAAGCAAUUUCUGCAGGUGUUUCGCACCUUCCAGACCAACUUGCAUGCAAUGGUGACCGUGGAAACACAACGGAUCCGCAGCCCCGCCAGCAGUCCGACCCAUUCGAGCUCGACUGGGCGCGAUAGUUCCUCGGGAAGUGCAGCCGGAUCGUUCGAGCGGCCGGAUAUCAGCCCCAAGUCUUCCUUCUCGUUCACGUUUCCGCAAAAUGCCACCGCUUCGAUUCUGAUGGACCACGUAGAUGGAAUUUGCGGCAACGGAGCCAGCAGCGAGGACCUGCAAGGUGCUGAAGGUGGCACCGAGUGCAGUGAGUGUUGCAUCUGUUUGGAGCGGAAACCGGAGGUUUCCUUGCCCUGCGCACACAGCUAUUGCACUCCGUGCAUCGAACAGUGGAACAUACACCAAAAAAGAUGUCCAAUCUGCGACGAGGAGCUGGCCAGCACCGAUGAUACCUGGGUUCUCUCGGAGAUGCCCGAAGCGGAGGAAAUAAGUGAAGAAAUUUGUGCCACUUUAAUGAAACUGUCCGUUUAAAUACGCUGGCGGUAAACAACAAUAGCAGCAUGAUUUGCUUGUGUACCUGGAACGGAAUGAAGCGAAGUGAAACGAGUGUGUCGCCGUUUAUGCAGGCCAUUAUUGUACACGUACUAUUUUAUUGGAUUUGAACAACCUCAUCUUUAGGCUUAAUUUAUACUUAUAAACGGCACUAUGAACCGUAAGUCACCAAUAUUUGACUAUCUGUUGACCAAUCUAUUCGAUGUUGGACAUGUUUAGCGGAAUGCUGCGAUAUUAUUAGUAAUCAUAUUAUUGUACUUGAAUGCUUGAAAAUAAAAGUUAUCUUAUUCCA